AGUGAACGAAAAAAAUAGAUAUACUUAUAGAAAUUGUGACUGAGGAAUCUAACUCCAAACCAAGAUAGCUGAAAAAAGUCUUCACACAAACCAAGGUAGAGAGAGCUCAAUGGCAUCAUCAUUUGUGGGUACUUUAUUACCAAACCACUUCACACAAGCCAAACAUUCAGCGGUUCCAACAAGGAGGAGAGUGCACUUAGCAACAAGAGCAGAGAGCUUGACUACUGUCAUAGAGAAACUGGGCAUCAAGAUUGAGAGGAACCCUCCUGAGUCCAAACUCACUCAACUCGGUGUUAGACAAUGGCCCAAAUGGGGUUGCCCUCCAAGCAAAUUUCCAUGGACAUAUGAAGCCAAAGAAACUUGCUAUCUUUUGGAGGGAAAAGUGAAGGUGUUUCCAAGUGGGUCAAAUGAGUCAGUUGAAAUUGCUGCUGGUGACUUGGUUGUGUUUCCUAAAGGGAUGAGUUGCACUUGGGAUGUAUCUGUUGGUGUGGAUAAGCACUACAAAUUUGAAUAAAUAUUCCUACACCAUUGAAUGAAGAGACAUGACUUUCAUGAAUGGAUGAUUUAGUUGAAUAUAAUAAGGAUUUUGGACUUUGAAUGGUAUUUAGCUUUUGUGGCUUAUGGUGUUA